AACAGUAAAUAAUGUUAAAUAAAAUUAAAUUAAAAAAAAUAAUAUUUAUGUUAUUAAAACAUGAAUAAAUUGUAUUAAUUAAUAAUCACCACCAGGGUAUUCUCUUCUCGUUCUACGUCUACCAUGGAGACUAGCAUUCUUUACAGCUACAAAAAUAAUUUCAGAGCAAACAAGAUUUUGAUUGCUGCUGCAUAUAGUGGUUUCAAAUUAGAUGUAUUAGAUGAACCACCUAAGUUUAUAUUUGGAGAAACAAAUAAGAAGAAGGAGUUCUUAGAUAAAUUUCCAGUAGGAAAGGUGCCAGCAUUGUAUGAUAAGACUGGAUGUACUAUUUUUGAAAGUAAUGCAAUUGCCCAUUUUGUUGGAAAUGAACAGCUGAGGGGAUCAAAUGUUUUGACUCAGACUCUAAUUUUGCAAUGGAUUAAUUUUGCUGAUAAUGAAAUUCUACCUCCUGCUUGCACCUGGCUCUUUCCAUGUCUAGGUAUUAUGCAAUAUAAUAAACAGGCAACUGAACGUGCAAAAGAAGAUAUUAAGAAGGUAUUAAAAAUAUUGAAUGAUCAUUUACUUACUAGGACUUACCUUGUAGGAGAAAAUAUCACACAAGGUGAUAUUACAGUAGCAUGCACCCUUCUUCCACUUUAUCAACAGGUUUUUGAACCAGCCUUCCGUAAACCAUAUACCAAUGUGAAUAGAUGGUUUAAUACUCUCAUUAAUCAACCUCAGUUUGUCAAAGUUUUAGGACAUGUGGUGCUAUGUGAAAAAAUGGCACAAUUUGAUGCCAAAAAGUUCCAAGAAUUACAAGGAAGUAAAGGAAAAGAAAAAAGUAAUAAGCCACCUAAAGAUGAAAAGCAAAAGAAAGAAGAUAAACAAAAGGAAGACAAGAAGGCAAAGAAAGAACAACUUGAUGAACCUGAUGAAACAGAAAUGAUUCUUGCACAAGAAUCAAAACAAAAAGAUCCUUUUGAAAAAUUUCCUAAAGGUACAUUCGUCAUGGAUGAAUUUAAACGAGUUUAUUCUAAUGAGGAUGGAAAUGUAUCCAUACCGUUUUUCUGGAAUAAGUUUGAUAAGGAAAAUUACUCUAUCUGGUAUUGUGAAUACAAAUAUCCUGAAGAUUUAACACUUGUGUUCAUGAGCUGCAAUCUUAUUUCUGGUAUGUUUCAGAGGUUAGAAAAAUUAAGAAAGAAUGCCUUUGCCAGUAUGAUUUUAUUUGGAGAAGAUAAUAAUAGUACUAUUUCAGGAAUAUGGGUUUGGAGAGGAAAAGAAUUAGCUUUUGAACUCUCUGAAGAUUGGCAGAUUGACUAUGAAUCAUAUUCCUGGAAACAACUGGAUCCUAAUUCUGAAGAAACCAAGAAACUUGUUAAUGAAUAUUUAGCUUGGGAAGGUGAUUUUGGUGGAAAGAAAUUCAAUCAAGGCAAAAUUUUCAAAUAAAUCAAUGUGGAUCAUUAGUUGGUGCUUGAAGUAUUUAAAGCAAGAUCACAAAAGUUUUUGUUAAGAUUGUAAAUGUAAAGAGCCUUAAAAAAAUCAGGUUUUUUACAAUGAACCAAUAAAGAAUUUUGUUGGACUUUCAAUGUAA